UUGAGAUAUACUCUGCAGCUCCUUCCACAGAAGCUAGCUGUCUUUAAAUGAUAUUCCCAGUUUACACUUUGUGAUGAUCGAGGAGUAGAAAGCUGCACAGUUUCUUUUGCAUUGUGAUCAUUUCAUGUGCAGACAUGGGCAACAAACCCUCGAGUCAUUACGAAGCAGUAGAGGAUGAGAACACCGUCUUUAUUUCCAAGGAGAAUGUGUUCAGGAUCCCUGCUCUUUUCUACGACAGAGACAGAAAUAUCCUGAUGGCCUUUUCAGAGAAGCGGAAGACUUCAGAUGAUGCGAGCGCAGUAGCGCUGGUCAUGAAGACAGGAACAGUGAACAAGGACGAAACAACCCAUGCAGUGACAGUUAAGUGGUCAGAGCUCAAACUGGUGAAGGAGGCCCAUAUUGAAGGAUACCGUCCCAUGAACCCCUGUCCUCUGUACGAGAAAAACAGCAAAACACUUUUCCUCUUCUUCAUCUGUGUCAAAUGCACCUACACAGAGAAAUGGCAGAUAUCGCACAACUGCAACAAAGCCCGUCUCUGCUACAUUACGACCAAAGAUGCUGGACAAAGUUGGGGUGGAGUGACUGAUCUGACGGACAAACUGGAUGAAAUCAAAAGCUGGGCCACAUUUGCCGUCGGACCAGGUCAUGGUAUUCAAACAGAGGGCGGUAGAUUGAUUGUCCCAGUUUAUGCAUAUGUUAAGAGCUCCAGCCUUUGUAAUGCCAAGUCAUACAGCCUCGCCUUGUAUAGCGAUGAUCAUGGUGAGAAAUGGCAGUUUGGUGAAAAGCUGCAGAAUGAGUCAAUUGAAUGUGAGAUGGCAGAGUAUUUCGAUGAUAAAGAAAACAGCAUCAUCUACUGUAAUGCUCGUAGUAAGAGCGGAUUUCGAGAGGAAGCUGUCAGUAGUGAUGAGAAAUUGAGUUUCAAGCCAAGCAGUGCUAUGAAGCUUGUGGAGACAGGUACAGGCUGUCAGGGAAGUGUGGUCUCCUUUCCAGCUCAAAGUGGGGACAAGGGUCAGAGCCAGAAUGCAACAAACAAGUGGCUGCUUUUCACCCACCCGAGCCAUAAGUCCAAACGCACAGAUUUAGGGGUUUACUUAAAUGAAUCUCCACAGGAUCCCAAAGCAUGGAGUAAACCCUGGAUCAUUAACGAGGGACCCAGUGCUUACUCAGACCUGGCUUACAUUGAUGACGGAUUGUUUGCUUGUCUGAUGGAACGUGGGGAGAACAGUGAGAUUGAGCAGAUAGCCUGCAAGGUUUUCAGCUACCAAGAAGUCAAGCAGGGAAUCACAGAGUAGAAAAUCACUCACUGCUCAUAACAAUGAGUACGGCCCAUAUAUGCAAAUAACGAUUGAUUGCUAUUGGUUGAUUGACUGCUUUUAUCUGAUGUGAAGCCUUAUCUUCAACAUAUUUUGUAUUUAUUGUGAAAGGCUAUUUCCUUAAAAUUUUACGGCUCUACUUGAAGCUUCUCUGCUUUGUUAAUCUUCUUGUCUUUGUCAUAUUCACUGACUUUUUGUGCAAACCCUCAAGUCUAAGAUUAUCUUCUCGUCUGAACAUGAAGGUCACAUAAGAAGAUUUGUUAAAGUUUUGAUGUGAUUUAUAUUUCGGAUGUGUAAUUCAAAAGAUGCUCUGUUUCUGAUCAGUUUAAUAAAUGAAAUGACUGUUAUUAAGUAAUAAAAGGUUAAAAUAAG